AUUCAUACAAAUAAUAUAAAAUCAUAAAACGACGAAGUAAGAGACACAGAGCAGAAAAAGCUUACACUCAUAUCACUGAGCUGCUUUGGCUUCGCCAAUCGCCAUUGUUGUUUCGAAAUAUAAUUACUGCUUCUCAAAACCCUUUUGUUGGUUUUUGUUUUCGUUGUCGAUCAUUGCUUCAAUCUCUUUCCUUUCGAUCUGAAUCAUCUGAUCUCUGAUCUUCUUCGAGAUCUCACUAAUAGGAUUUUGAGAUUGAGUUUUGUCCACAGAAUCACGAGGUUUUGUUGAUUUGGUGUACCGUAAUUGGCAAUUACGAGUUAGUUAUGGAUUUGGCGUUCAGUGACUAAUGGUCUUUCCUGAUUUGGAAUAUUCUUGAAGUUUUGGGUAAUGAUUCAAUGUGAAACAAAUGUUGCCUAUACAUGAGAAUAAAUGGCUUGAUUAGGUAAAUGUUAGUUGGAGUUUUAGGUAAAUGAGAAGCCUUUUAGGGACAGAAAGAGGAGUUGGUUGUUGUAUAGUGUAGAGAUUUGCUUACAAUAAAAGCUCUUGUUUUGAACCUGGGACCAUGAAGGUUGCCUCAGUUAUUGGUCUUAGACCAAGGAUCAGUGGUUUACUUUUCUUAACCCUCGGUGUUAUUGCUCUCAUUACCAUUUUAGUACCAAAUUCAGAUUCUUCUUCUACAACUUCAACUACGCGAGUACCGCCAAGCAACAUUUAUAGUAACUAUGGGAGGGUUAAGGAACAAGCAGCUGUUGAUUAUCUAGAUCUAAGGUUUUUCUCCUUAGGGGUUAAUCGGUUAAAAGAGUUUCCUUUAUGUGGUAAAGAAAGAGACAAUUAUGUUCCUUGUUAUAACGUAACAGAGAGUGAUCGGAAUUGUGAGUUUGCAAGAGAAGAGGAAAGAUGUCUAGUUCGUCCUCCAAGGGAUUAUAAGAUACCACUUAGAUGGCCUGUUGGUAGAGAUAUCAUAUGGACUGGGAAUGUGAAGAUUACUAAAGAUCAGUUUCUUUCAUCAGGAACUAUGACUAAAAGGCUAAUGUUGCUUGAAGAGAAUCAAAUUACGUUUCACUCGGAUGAUGGCUUGAUCUUUGAUGGGGUUAAAGAUUACGCUUUUCAAAUUGCUGAGAUGAUUGGAUUAGGAAGCGAUACUGAGUUUCCUCAAGCUGGUAUACGGACUGUGUUGGACAUCGGUUGCGGAUUUGGUAGCUUUGGUGCACAUCUAGUGUCUUUGAACGUGAUGCCUAUAUGUAUAGCAGAGUAUGAGACAAGUGGAAGCCAAGUCCAAUUAGCUCUAGAGAGAGGCCUUCCUGCAAUGAUUGGAAAUUUCUUUUCGAAACAGCUUCCAUAUCCAGCUUUAUCAUUUGACAUGGUCCACUGUGCUCAAUGUGGGAUUACUUGGGAUAUAAAAGAUGCAAUGCUACUUUUAGAAGUGGAUCGUGUUCUCAAGCCUGGGGGUUAUUUUGUUUUGACCUCUCCUACAAGCAAAGCACAGGGAAAUUCUCCUGAUACUAAGAAAACAAGUAUCUCAACACGAGUGGAUGAGUUAUCUAAGAAAAUCUGCUGGAGUCUCUCAGGUCAGCAAGAUGAGACGUUUCUUUGGCAGAAAACAGCAGACCCAAAUUGCUACUCAUCUCGCUCGCAAGCUUCUAUACCUGUUUGCAAAGAUGAUGAUAGUGUUCCAUAUUACCAUCCUCUUGUUCCAUGUAUAAGUGGAACCAAGAGUAAACGCUGGAUUCCUAUUCAGAAUAGGUCUAGAGCUUCAGGAACAAGUUUGUCUGAGCUUGAAAUUCAUGGUAUUAAACCUGAAGAAUUCGAUGAGGAUAUACAAGUAUGGAGAUCAGCCCUUAAAAACUAUUGGUCCUUGCUUACACCUUUGAUUUUCUCAGACCACCCAAAAAGACCUGGCGAUGAAGAUCCUGUCCCACCUUUUUACAUGAUACGCAAUGCUAUGGACAUGAAUGCUCGUUAUGGGAAUCUGAAUCAGGCCUUACUUAACCAAGGGAAAUCAGUUUGGGUGAUGAAUGUUGUCCCAGUCAAAGCACGUAAUACUCUUCCUAUAAUACUUGAUCGAGGUUUUACCGGCGCUCUACAUGACUGGUGUGAACCAUUCCCUACCUAUCCUCGAACAUAUGACAUGCUUCAUGCCAAUGAACUUCUCACACAUCUUAGCUCAGAACGGUGCAGCCUAAUGGACUUGUUCUUGGAAAUGGACCGGAUUCUCCGCCCUGAGGGAUGGGUUGUGCUAAGUGAUAAGCUUGGAGUGAUAGAGAUGGCGCGUACACUUGCUGCUCGUGUACGCUGGGAAGCAAGAGUCAUCGAUAUUCAAGACGGUAGUGACCAACGGCUCCUUGUUUGUCAAAAACCAUUAUUAAAAAAAUAACUCAAAAGAAAAGAAGCAAAAUUAGCAAACUGUCAACGAGUUUGCUUCUCUGCACCAUCGACACUAAGUACAGUUUUUUUAAUAGGUAAUCUCUCUCUCUCUCUCUUUCUCUUUCUCUUUUCUCUGAGCUUUGAAAACUUAAAGAACACACAAAUAUCUUAAUCUUUAUACAUUGAGGGUAUCUCUGCGUAAUUCAUUAGAUUGAAUCAGAGUUUCACUUUAGUUUACAGAUCCAAGUACUGAUGCUUGCAGAUUCUGGAGAGAAAUCAAGACGAUGAAAAUGGGAGACUUCUGCGACUUUCUUAGCAGUGCAACGGUUAUUCAAAUUACGACAUUCUUUACAUUUUUUCUGUUUGCAAACAAGAAUUGUUCUCAGUUUUAUUUUUUGUUCGUUUCGUAAUUAUUCAUUAAGAAUCAUCUCUCUCGUAUAUUCAUUCAUUCCUCU